UGUCAUAUCAUUUUUGUGUUUGUUUAUUUCCUAAUAUUUUUGAAAUUUUGCAGGUGACUUUUCUAUACAUAUUACUUAUUUUCUCAAAAAUUUUAUUUACAAAAAAUGUCUACUGCACAUGACGAUAUGCUUUUUAACAUGCUAAAGGAAUGCAAGACCCUACCUGCAUUCCUGGACGAAAUAUUUGGGUUUCUAAGUAGAAGGACCGACUUCUAUCAUAUUGCUCCUAAUCCAGAUUCUCCUGUGGGACUCCCCAAGGGUCUAGCAGAAAGUCUUGUAAGACACUCAUUUCUGAAAUGGACACCUAAAGAAAACCUUGAUGAACCUCAAAUUUUGCAAGAAAGUGAAGUACCUCAGGUCGUUAGUGAGGAAUUUCUUAUUGAGGAAGAUGCUGGACAAGCAGCCACUGUCACGGCUAACAUGGAAGAGAUUAGUAUUAGUGAACCUGCAGAGAAGCUAAUUGAUUUUUCUGAAUCUGAAAGUUAUAAUGGUGGUGUUUAUGAUGAUUACUGCUGGUCCCAAAGUAUCAAAGAGGUUGAUGUUACCAUAAAAUUACCACCAGAUGUCUCAGCAAAACACAUAAAAGUUACAAUACUGCCUCAAAGUUUAAUGGUGAAAGUGAAGGAUAAAAUAGUUUUACAAGGAGACUUAUGCCAAAAAUGCAAAUCCACAGACGCAAUCUGGUCUUUAGAUCAAAUGAAACUGCAAAUCCACCUAGAUAAGUGCAAUGAAAUUUGGUGGGACUGCUUGGUCACUUCAGAGCCAAAGUUGGAUGUAUCAAAAUUGGACUGCAGCAGACCAUUUGAAGACUUGCCUGAGGAGGCACAAGUUAAAAUUGAGGAGCUUGGAUGGAAUCAAGAAAGAAAAAGAGAUUCACCAUCGCAAACAAUUAGUGACAUCGCGAUUAAACAUGAGAAUAAUCAAAUGGAAGAUGAUGAUGAAAAUCUCACUAUAGAUAAUGUACAAAAACCGACACAAAUUAUUGGAGUUAGGUUGAGUAAAACGCCAAAAAGUUCUGCAAAACGUGGUCGAGAAUUCAGAGCACGAAAAGCGCUGCUUAAAAAACAAAGUAAACAACAACAGGAACCAGAUGCAAUAGUCGAAAUUGCUACAAAGGAUAUACGAAGUGCUGGUCCAUCAAAAGACAAUCAAGUCCUUGGGCCCUCUGAAAUAAGGAUAAUAGAAAAAAGAAAAAAGUCUGCAGAGGCAACACGGCGGUGGAGAUACAAAAAAAAAGGAGUCAGUGAGUUAUCAAAAAAACAGGCGAAAACUGCAGCCCAACGCAUGCGAGAAUACCGAGAGAGAAAAAAAUUAGCAAAGAAAACACGAUUGAAGCAGAGAAGUGAUGAAGAUUUAGAUACUUUAGGCAGCACAUCAUUAUCACAAAUAAAUCAAGAGGCUGGUUCAUCAAAAAUAAACAUCAGAUCCGCAGAGGUAACUAGAAGAGGUAAUUCACAAUCACAACAACAAAUUGAAACAUCAGAACGUACAUCAACAAUUGUAAUGAAUCGAAUCUUGCUUUCCUAAAUGUAAUACCAAAUUCAACUUGGUGUUGGGCGUAAAGAAAGAAAGAUCUUUUCGCGAUUAUUCGACAGAAAGGCAGACCAACAGACUUCAUAACACUUAGCGCCAAUAAAAUAGUAUGGACGGAUCUGAUACAAUUAUUGUAUAAAUUGGCGAACACGGAGCGGCGCCAUAUACUUCAAUAAAUUG